AUGACGGGUCCUGCACCGUGCAGAGCCCUGAAGAAACUGAAGACACCGACGCCCGACGGCGAUUCCACCCCUAAGUGUCUGCGCAGCACGAUGUCCACCACUGACCGGACGGAGGCAUGCGAUGUGCUCGGCCCGGUGGAAUAUUACACGGUCGUGAAAAACCGGCCCAAGGCACCUGCUACAACAGGGCUGGUCCUCGGCCACGUGGUGGCGACAGAAGUCACGUCUCGGGGUGUGACAGGAUGCUGUCAGCUCUGGGAAAGUGCAGUCAGCGACACCAGACCCUCACUAAAGGAGAUCGCUGAUGCCCGGCUUGACAAGGUUGUAUUUGCUGCCUGUGAGCUGGGGGUGUUCGACCUGCUGGCCACCGCCCCAGGACCCCUGGAUGUGGGCACGGUUUGCACACGUCUGGGCACCAGUUUCCACGGGACAGAGCUGCUGCUGGAUGCCUGUGUGGCCCUAAAGCUGCUGACGGCAGAAACGAGGACAGGAAAAGCUGUCUACGGAAACACAGAGCUGUCCGGCGCCUACCUCACCAGCCUCAGCCCGACGUCCCAGGUGCACAUGCUGCUGUACCUGGCCAGGACCACCUACCGCUGCUGGGGGCACCUGGCUGAGGCCGUGAGAGAAGGGAAGAAUCAGUACGAGAAGGCUUUCGCUGUUCCCUCUGGUGACCUCUUCACAGCCAUCUACAGGUCCGAGGGUGAGCGGUUGCUGUUCAUGCGAGGGCUCCAGGAGGUGUGGAGCGUCAGCGGGAGCCGUGUGCUGGCCGCCUUCGACCUGUCCCGGUUCCCACACAUCUGUGACCUCGGGGGAGGCUCCGGGGCCCUGGCCAGGGUGUGCGCCUCCCUGUACCCUGCGGCGAAGGUCACGGUGUUUGACACCCCGGAAGUCGUGGGCACGGCAGAGACUCACUUCCCGGCGCCCACGGAGGGACAGCUGGUUUUCCAGGCAGGUGAGGCGGCGUGGGAGACUCGUUUCCGUGGGGGAAGCAGCGCUCCAGGUGCCGUGCAGGGGGCCUGUGGGGACCCCCGCGGGUUCAGCGCGGUUUCCUCCGCUCUCUGGUUCCUCUCACCCCGUAAGGUCUGUGACUACCAGUACCGCGCGCUCCUGGCCUCCGCCGGCUUCGGGGGCUUCCAGCUGAAGAGGACCGGGGGCCCGUACGACGCCAUGCUGGCCCGCAAGUGAC